CCAACCCCGCUCCCGUCGCUCCCUCCCUCCUCACCGUCCCGUCCCAGCCGCCGGCCGCCGCGCCGUUCCGCCCCGCCCCAGCCCCAGCCGCCGGCUGCAGCACCCCGCCCUGCCCCGCCCCGCCGGCUGCAGCACCCCGCCCCGCGCCGUUCCGCCCCGCCCCAGCCCCAGCCGCCGGCUGCUCGCCUUGGGUGCGUGGCGUUGUUGCUACGUUGUUCUUUGGUUCUUGCUGUUUAAAAACACGGGGAAAAAAAUAAAAAAGGGGCCGCCGCUGGACCAGCUAGGGUUGGCCGGCUGCCCGCUCCGGCCCCAGGUAAACUCUGCUCACUCCUCCUCCCUUCCUCCACUGUUCCCGCCGUCCGUCCGACGCCCUACCGGAAGCAGCCUCCUCCCUCCUCCCUCCUCCAUCAGACUCGCUGCGGCUUCUCCAUCCAUAUUCCCGAAACCCUCUCUGGCCAGCAGCGCGAAAACCUUCGGGAGGCUCUCUCUUCGUGCGGGCGAGGCGCCGACGACAGGGACCAGCGGUCCCCAGGCUCCUAGUUAUUCCCCGGUUCGCAGGCCAUGGCGUCUGCAGCGGAGGCCGCCGGAGAGGCCUCCACCUCCGCGGCCGAGGUGCGGGAUAAGCCCGUCGUCGUCCGGGUCAAGCGCAAGCCCUCGCAGGCCCGCCCCGAUGCUUUCUGGCUGGAGAUCAAUGAGAGGCCCAUGAAGAAGGCCAUGCUCGAUUUCUCGAGCCUCUCCAUCUCCCAACCCUCUUCCACUGCCCAAGCUUCAGAGGAACCACGGGUGAAGAAGCUUCUUGUCCAGCAUGUCGAGACAGUCCAUCAUUCUGGAGCUGUUGAAGACGUUCUUCACUCCCUUUUGCAUUCUGGCCUGAGCACCAAAGAGAUAAAGAGCAAGACAAAGGAGAGAAAUGAAAGAAUGAAGCAAGACAAAAAACAAGACCAGCUACGUUCAGCAGCCAGACAGAGGCAUGAGAAUCUUGGAAGAAAUGCCCGCUUUGCACAAAUAUGGAAGAGUCGGAAAGGAGACAAUAAUGAGGCUGAUGAAACACUGAGAGAAAUGUGUCAUCUUUAUGAUGCCGUCCAAGUAGAUUCGGAUGGAGAGAAGCAUCCAGCAGAACCACAGAUGACCUCUGUUGAAGAGGGUGCGAUUUUAUGCAAUUUUCUUCCGCUUCUACGGGAGCACUUGCCGUCGGCUGCUGAAGAAAUCGAAUCUGAUAUUAUUUCGCUAGCACAGUCAGAAGAUUCAGAUGUUUAUGACAUAUAUACUGUCAAGGAGGUGGAUGAUACGAACAUGGAGUGCGCAUCUGCAGCUGCAUACCCACUGUUACAAGUGGACGAUGAGGAUGGCGAAUGUUACGAUGAUGAUGAGUAUCCAUAUGAUACUGAUGAUUCAAAUGCUGAAGACAACCCACUCUAUGAUUAUCCUGAAGAACAAUCAGAGGAUGAGGAUGAUAGCAGUGACGAGAAUCCAUUUGCAGAUGUGGAUGGCUCUGGUUCCGAGUACGAGAAUGAAGAGGUUGAAAAAUCCAAUGAUGAUGAUGACGAUGAAGAGUAGCGACAUCAGAAAAUCAUGUUUUAGAUGGGUGUAAUAUUUGACGAUGAAAUUGGAUGAGACAACCUCUUGCGUUGGUAACUCAGAGGAAAUUCAUCGCUAGUCCCACUGUCAUCGAAACAUUGUACUGGCGUUAAUAUUUUUUAAGAAAGGAGGCAAAAGAUUUGCCUCAUUCAUUAA